AUGUCUGACGGUAUAGUUCCUCAGCAUAUUCUCAUCGUUGGAGCAGGUGUCUUCGGCCUGUCCACAGCCCUGUCACUUCUGUCCAAUGCUGCGUACAAGCGAAGUCGCAUAACCAUCGUUGACGGCUCGCCAUCUCUUCCAAACCCCUACGGCUCGUCUGUUGAUGCCAGCCGUAUUGUGCGCGCAGAUUACAUCUACAAACAUUACUCGAGGCUUGCGCUCGAAGCGCAAGGACUCUGGCGUGAUACCACGCAGGACGGAUGGGGCGGAGAAGGCAGAUACCACGAGCCUGGGUUUGUGCUCACCGCAGAUGAAGCCACCGGUGGUCGAUAUGUGAAAGAAGCACUUGAUACGGUACGGAAAUUGGCAGCAGAAGAUGACACUCGUAGUUGGGUGGACGCGACCAAGCUCAAGGAACUGGAGAAUCCAGACCAGAUCCGGGCCGCGACAGGAUAUAACCAGGUCAGCGGGAACUAUGGAUACGCCAAUUUCAAUUCGGGAUGGGCAGAUGCUGAAAAAUCCGUCGCAUAUGCUUUGAGAAGGAUCCGGCAGGAGGGCGGUGACCGAGUGACCAUACGCAGCGGCAGUCAUGUUGCCAAAGUGCUUGUUUCUACUCCUGAGCGAUGCACCGGUGUCGAAUUGGUCGGAGGCGAGCAGAUCACCGCCGACCUGACCGUGCUGGCUGCCGGGGCUUGGACCCCGACUCUGAUCGAUCUUCGAGGACGAUGUUUGGCGACGGGGCAAACGCUGGGGUAUGUCGACAUCACCGAAGACGAGGUGAAAGCGAUGCAGGACAGGCCGACGAUCAUGAACAUGAGUCGCGGGAUGUUUAUUAUCCCGCCGCGAACCAAAGAACUGAAAAUCGCAAGACAUGGAUACGGGUAUCUAAAUCCGGUCGAGAUCCCCAGGAAGAACAUUCUCCCUGGGUUGCUCAACGUCGAUCUCGACGGUGGCCAAGCGGAAGCGGGCGAAGUUGUCCAAGUCAGCAUUCCCAAGGUCAAUAUUCCUAUCCCCCUUGAGGGGCAGAACGCCUUGCGUGAAGCCCUUCGAGGGCUAGUUCCGCACAUUGCAGAGCGGCCAUUCUCGAAAACGAGACUAUGUUGGUACUGCGACACCCCGACUGGUGACUUCCUCAUCACCUAUCACCCACGCUACCAAAACCUGUUCAUCGCUACAGGAGGCAGUGGACACGGCUUCAAAUUCUUUCCUGUGAUAGGCGAUAAAAUCGUCGAGGCCAUCCAGGGGAAACUCGAUGCAGAGUUGACCAAGCAAUGGCGCUGGAGGACCGAUGCCGAGUUGGCGGCUGCUGGCAUCGACAAGGACUUUAACGCCUGUGACGAUGGUAGCCGAGCCGGGCCGAAGGGGAUGACACUCGAGGAAGAGGUGGCCAAGGGUGGGAAUGAGACAGUUACUAGUCGUGCCUCACGUCUGUGA